AUGGGGAUAGGUCAUUGUAGCCCAGUGUCGAAUGCCAAGAGGAAAUUGCCACCAGGUAGCCCGCAGAGACCAUCUGCCAAGAGAACGAAACACAGGCUUGGAAUCAGCAGUCUACCCAAUGAUAUUUUGAGCUCCAUCACAUCUAAACUGUCAUUGAAGGAAGCUGCCAGGACAAGCAUCUUGUCGAGUCAGUGGCGGCGUCUUUGGUUGUGCCGCGCCUACAUUGAUCUCAGUCAUCACACGGUCUUGUCGGAGUCCGACAAGGAACGAUCCUGGACUGGUCCUCGAGGAUUCAUCUUCAAUGAACUCCCAGCAACUCUCCCACGUCUUGAGAUGCUCUCAUUAAGUUGCACACAACUUGAGGGGGUUGAUUCAGUGAGCAGGCUUUCCAAAUUUCGUUCUCUGCGUCAUUUGAUAUUAAACUGGACUAUUUCUGACUCUGCACGCGGGACAACUGAUAUCCUCGACCUUGGUUGUCUCCUAGAGGCUGCCCCUUCCAUGGAGAAACUAGAAUUGCAUAUGGUAAUGGACCAUUUCCUACACAAGCGGUACCGUCAAGAAGACGGCGAGCUGAGGAGUCUCCCUUCAUGCCCGCACUCACAUCUCAGUUUGGUGCAUAUAAGCGGAUUCAUCCGCGAGAAAGAUCAACUGGAGCUGGCGCUUCAUAUUAUCCACAAUGCUACUGUUCUCGAAGCAUUGAAGAUCGAUCCAUGGCCGAGAACAGCUAACCCUGUACGAGCGCGCGUCAAGUCGGAAAACCGUCUUGCCAAUGGUCGGAGUGUUGCAUUGGAAUUUCUUUGCAAAGAUGACCACCGCAGUGUCGUCAGCGUACUUGAAGAUGUGGGGGAGUAG